AUGUCUCAAGCACUAACUCACGAAACCAACAUGCUUUCCUCAUUCAACCUAACAUACGCCACAGAAUAUCUUCUGAUGGAUCAGGGCAAUGGCACGAGGCAGCUGCAAAUCCUGCUGGAUAUCCAACACGACCAGAGCCUCAACAGUUCUUCUACCGCCGAGGAGACCAUCUUGAUGAACCCUCUGUCCAACCCGGCCUACGUUGUGAUGCGACGCAUCCAGACCGUGCUCAUCCCCGUCGUGUGUGUUGUGGGGAUGAUCGGGAACAUCCUAGCGUCGGGAACGUUCCUGAAUCCAGUUCUGAGGAACACAUCGUGCUGUCUGUACCUGGCCGCCAAGUCCAUCGGCGACAUGGGGUUCCUCCUCUCCCUCUUCGUCAUCUGGCUGUACCGCAUACGGGUGCCCUUCCUGUUGUUCGAAGGAGUCUGCCACGUGACCGUCUUCUUGACCUACGUCUGCGGGUUCCUGUCCGUGUGGUUUGUGGUGAUCAUAACCUGCGAGAACUUCAUCCGGAUAUCCCAGCAUUCUAAGAUCCCCACCUUCUGCACGAGGAAGACGGCUCUGCUCGUGAUCACGUGCUUCGUUUGCUUCUCUCUCGUCUUCUACAGCUUCUCCCUGUGGACCACGGGCGUCGUUUCCAUGGGAAUGACUUCGCACUGCACGUCGCUGGACCGGUUCUCCGACCUGUUGUCGGUGAUGACGUACGUCGACACGACCAUAACGUUACUGUUGCCCUCCUUCAUCGUCGUCUUCUUCGUCCUCGCCAUCAUGCUCAGCGCCUUCAAGGCCUUCAAGAGGAGGCAGAGACUGGGCGGGAUAGGUCAACCCAGACGACGCAGAUGCAGGUACCAAACACCGGAGGGCGAAGUGACCAAAUUCCUCUUUGCGCUGUCUCUGAUAUUCUUCCUUCUGCACACGCCUAGCCACGCGAUACGGAUUAAACUGAUCGUGUCUCACUACCUUGGAAAUAUUCAGCCGACGCUGGUUGACUUGAUACUUCAAAGGAUAUUCGAGCUACUUCUGUCCUUGAACUUUUCCGUGAACUGUCUGUUGUGUUAUAUUUUUGGAGACAACUUCAGGAAAGUGUUCAGACAAAUGUACAUGAAGUGCAACGACAAGAAGAAGAAAUCAAAACACAUGUAUUACGAAAUCUCGCAGAUAACUCAAACGGGCCAAUCCAUGAUGGAAACGUCUACAGUAAUUGACAGUUAG